UCUACAAGCUGUUUAAAAUUAUCUACUACAGGAGCAUAGUGGUAUAACAGCUGUACUCUAAGCAUACAGGAAGAUGAAUGACGAGUGAUUACCCAGCCUGGUGUGGUAAUAUUUAUAUGACUGUGUUUUCUAAAUAAUAACGGAAAACAGAACAAUGUAAUCCCCGACCGGCUAUAUUUAGACACGGAUAUAGGUCAAAUGUAUGUCAGUGCUAUGAUUGCUUGGGCAUUCAAUGGAGAGAUACAUGCAAACUGAUAGGGUCUAUACAUUGUUAAUUCAAAGUGAGGUAGUUAAUGUGUUUAUUAUUUUUAUUUUAUUUGACUGUAUUUGAAGGACUUCACUGGAGAACUGAAGCUAGAGCUGCGCACGGAAACCACUAAAGCGAUUAAUUCAACGAAAGUAAGAAGACUGAUUACAGCAGUGAGUGCAAGUUCAUUUCCAUUAUUCAAGUAAAAACUGAUAUCAGCGGAACAAAGGUGUUACGGCACAAAUAUUUCACGGAGGGACUAGGUGCUUCGUAUCUAUGCCACUGUGUUCUGGAGAUAGUUCUUGUGCUUGAGUACUUUUGAUAGGUGCUCACCUUAUGUGUAGGAUAGCCGCAUUGGUGAAAGCGAUAGUGUGUGCUGCUUUGGUUAUGCCUUUUGCCUACUGCGGCUAAAACUUCAUUAAGAUCCAGUCAGAUGCAGGACAGGAUAUAGUUAACACUUAGUGGUUUACACGUCCGCUUACAUGGAGAGAUGAUGAUCUUUCUUGAUGAGUUGGAUAUAUAAAAAAAAAACUGUUUGGGUUUUUUUUUUCUUGAGCACUUAAAGCGUCAUCGCUAUAUUUAACCCACAUGGACUUGGCACUUCGACAACACACUUUUAUACUACUUGAGAUUCGGGGGCUUUUCCGAGCUCUCCCUAGGAGUGACGCCUACGUCUCCGAGGCUCCCCCCCCCCCAGGCCUCUAUGGCCCGUCUCCUUUUUGACGCCAUUAAGUCAGGCGACAUAACGCUGGCCAAAUGCCUUCUCCAACAAGGCAUCUAUGGCUGCAUUGACUAUCAGACCUGGAGCCGUGAUGGCACUGCACUGUUCUUCUGCUGUAGCAGGGGCUACUUUGAAUUGGCCCGGCUAUUAAUUGACCACGGGGCCAGCCUUUCGGUCACGGACAAGAGCCAAGCCACCCCACUCCAUGGAGCCGCGGAUAAUGGUCACUUGGAGAUUGUCAGGUUGCUCCUCUUGCGGGGCGCCAAUGUUAACGCCCAGACUAUUAGGGGAGAUACACCCUUGCACCUCUCAGCCUACAGGGGAUACAGUGAGAUUUGCUUUUGUUUGGUAGAAGCAGGUGCGGAUCCACGGAUGGUCAACGUGAACGACCUGACUCCCCAGAGGGAGGCUUUCUGCCAAGGCCACGCGGAGAUCAGUAACUACCUGAUGAAAGUACAAGAAAUAAUCAGUCCUGAGAAAAAUCGAUUCAGAAGCUCUAUGAUUAUACUUGAUCCUCCAAGUGACCUUGACAUAGUAUUAAAGCCAACAGACAACCAAACAGCGCCACUUCCGGCUUACGUAAACUCGCCUUCUCUCCACGCUUCCAAAACAGGUCUGGUGGAUUUGACAGACAAUGUACAUCAGGGCCUACACGUAAACCAGAAUAUAGCUUCGUAUCUCAGUUUAGACCCACCGGACGAUGUUGUCUUCUUCAAAAACACAAAAAGGUCACCGGAAGUCAAACCGCUGAACUUGACCCCUGAACUUUUAUUGACCUCCGUUUCAGUCCAACCUGACAUGAAAACGCCCGACGUCAGCCUGGGACAAGGCUUUCAGUUUCGUCUGCACAGCUACGCAGAGCCCCGCUCCAGGAAGCUGCCCAGCAGUGACCUCAGCGACUUUAGCAGCGAUUCGUACAGCAUGAUGAGCAGCACUGCCAGCGACGCUAGUGACGGCAUCGACGAGAUCAGACGACCGGAAAGCGAGGUGGCGGAGAGGCAGCUGACCAGCACUUGCGGAUGUAGCGAUAGUUUUUUGGACAAGUCCAACGACGGGCAUUUUUGCCUUAAAGAGCAGCUUUCGAGUGUGCGAGAGGCGCCCGCCUCUUUCGCAGAUCAUGCGUUCUCGGAAUUUCCUGACGACGCCUUCGACUCAACGAUUUUCAGCAUUCGUUCCUUAAACAACCCCAACGCCUUUCUACGAGUCUCAUACCCGCCACCGCCUAUCCACUCCUAUGACAACUCAAAGCUGGCGCUUUGCAACAAGAAACAGCGAGCCGCUUCGGUCAGCAAUUAUUUCGAGGACUGCUCGAAAAACGAUCGUCCGGCCUACAAUAAAAGCUUUUCCGUGGACUGCCGACCUCGCCACAACGACGCUCUAGCACAAGAGGGGCUUAGACCAAAGCCCAGCCACCACCUGAGUAACUCUUCCUUCAAUGAUCUGUCAUCUAAUUACCUUUCUUCAGCCAGCCUUACCUCACCUGCGACCUCCAUGACCUGCAUUAACAUCCCUUUAGGGUAACUGACCCUCCAACUAAGUUGACCACGGCUGCAUGUACAGAUAAAGUUGACCUAAUUCUCAGCUUAUAAUUAUUGAUUAUCGAAUUGUUUUACUUAGUCACAAUACCUUUCCUCACAUUACAUUCAAAGCCCCAACUUUAAAAACUGGAAAGGACACUCCAGCCUUGACUUUGGCCUCGAUGUGGACGAGAGUGUCUGUCUAGUACAGAGCUCUACAGUCGCAUGAAAAAAAUUGCCUUACCAGAGGAACCGUAGUGGUUCUGGAGGAUGUCACCACAAAAAGAACUCAACUAGCCUGAGUGAAUACUUUGUUUCAAUAUAUGUAUUUAUGACCUUUGUUACAACAGCCUUGAGUACCUUGCAGAGUUGACUAGAAUAUAAAGUUCAUUUUAUUCAUCAUUUUGUUCACCCUAAUAUUGUUUAGUCUCAGACCAUUGCUACUUAGUAACUUUCAUUUUUGUUUUCAUCAUAUAUAUAAUUGUCAUAUUCCAAAAGAAGGUCGGUUUGAUCUCAAAAUGAAUAAAUAUAGGCCUACUGUUUCAGCAAGGCAAUGAUAGUCAAUCUAGACAUUUGCAUUUCCUAACAGAUUUUACCUCAGUGGCGUAGCUAUGGAUUUGGGGGCCUGGGCGGCUUGACCUCUCUAAGGGCCCUCCAUUUUGAUAUUCGACAUCAUAACAUGAGAUAAUGGCGUGAUAAAUAAUGUAAAAACAAAUUUCGGACACUCAUUUCCCCUCCCCCCCCCUAAAAUGGAAGCCCAGGGGGAUUUUCAAAUUUUGGACCCCUCCCCCCCCCCCAUUUUAGCUACGCCACUGUUUGAGUGACAGCAUUUAUAUUUUGAGAACAUAUUGUUUAAGUAUUGGUUUAUUUUUGAUCACAAAGAGAACUGAAAAGUGUUCAUUCUGUGGUAGUUUUCAUUAAACUAAACUCAUGAGAUUUUAGUUGGCAAUAUAACUUUGCUGAAGACUGUGUUUGUUAUUUGACUUGAAGACUAUCACACUAAAAUAUGGGAUUUUACUCAUGUUUUGUAAAUUGAUUCAUCCACUUGUCAUCGAUAGCAACCUCAAGAUUAGCAUGAGUGAGAGGACGCAUUUGUUUAAAUCUACACUUCAUUGUCACCAUUGACCUACCUUGUGAUAUUUUAGGGUCUCCUUGACCUGCCCUUUGAUGUCUAAGUCAACAUGACCUACCAUGUCCAUCGUCAUUGUCACUGUGGUGUGUCAUGGUUACCAUAGCCCUACCAUGUGAUAAGUCAUGGUCAACUUGAUCCACUGUGGCCUUUUGUCAUUGUCACUGUGACCUAAUAUGUGAUGUCAUGGUCAACACAGCCCUACUGUGUCAUGGUCAACUUGACCUAACAGGUCAUUUGCCGUCACCAUGACCUAUGAUGCGAUGUCAUGGUCACAACUGUCCUGGUCACCACUGUUCUGGUCACCACUGCCCUGCCAUGUGAUAUGUGUAAUGUGAAUAUUAUUGAUAUUAGUUGUUUUGUUUUUUUCAUUUGACCUCUUGACCCUCACCCAUCCAUCACUUUUUUUUAUUCUACUAUUCGGCCACUAUGUCAAAAAGUAAACCUUUUAAAAAUUACAAACAUAUGUACAUGAAUUGCCAUUUGUAAAAAUUGGGACAAGAUUAUACUAGUCUAAUAUAGAAUUUCUCUGUGUUGUGAAUGACGUUUGCUGGUCAAAACUAGUUACACGGUUUGCUGCCCCUUCCGUUUCCGUCUGACAUGCGCACAAUGAUAAAUGCGCUCUUCAAAUUGAUGUUUAUUAUUUAUUGCCCUGUUGGUUUAUGAUACUAUGUCAGGUAGACAAAUACAUUAAUUUAUUACCUUA